AAGCAUGAUGGUGAUGCCUGUGCUGACUCUGGACCUUCUCCAGUAUGCAGAGAAUAUAUACUUAUCCCUGGAUUUUAAUACAGCAUUUUUUUUUUUAAUCUUAAUCAACUUACUCGAGAAGCAAAAGCACUCGAUCACAGCAACGUAGAGAGAGGAACAAAGAAAAAGGAGAGAUUUUGUGCCGUGGGUUUUGAAAAAUGGCAUCAGGAGUGUUGCUGCCGGUGGUGUUUGUGUUUGAUUUGGUUGCUUUUGCUCUUGCUGUUGCCGCUGAGCAGAGGAGGAAUACUGCCACAGUCAAUGUACAAGGAGAUUAUAAGUACUGUCAAUAUGAUUCAGAUAUCGCAACAGGAUUAGGUGUCGGUGCCUUGGUUGCCCUUAUGGCUAGUCAAAUCCUAAUAAUGGUGGCAAGUAGAUGCUUGUGCUGUGGAAAGGCCAUGAGACCCAGCAGGUCUAGGAGCUGGGCAAUUGUUUUAUUUAUCACCUGCUGGGUGUUCUUUUUAAUUGCUGAGGUCUGCUUGUUAGCUGGUUCUAUUCGAAAUGCAUACCACACCAAAUACUACUUGUCAUCAGACCAUAAACUAUCGUGCCGGGAACUGAGAAAGGGAGUAUUUGGGGCUGGAGCUGCAUUUGUCAUUCUUACAGGCAUAGUAUCUGAGGUUUACUAUGUAAGCUAUUCCAGGGCGAAUGACGGCCAGCCUUCAUAUGGCAGAGAUACCGGUGUGAGGAUGAGGAACAUAUAACACAGUUCUUUUGACUUGCAUAUCUUGAAUGUGGACAUCUGAGGUUGAACAAGAGUAAUACUUUAUUCCCAAUCCUAAACUUGAAGAAAUUGAGCUAGAUUCUUUUGAAUUUCAGUUAUCUGUUAACCGUUGAUUAUUUCAGAUUCUUUUGGCCUAGGAUGCUCAGUAGUGCAUAAUAUAUUCUCCUCUGACAUGUGGUAUUUAUAAGCUGAAAUUGAUAUAUUCUUUAUUCGUUUGGUUUUAGUUGGUAUUUGGAAUUGAGAUUUCACAGUUUUAGAUACGAUUUGACUGGCCGUCCUGUAGUAUUAUUAUCUACAGAUAAAUCAGCUUGCAGAUAAAAUUAAUACUCUAUGAAUGCUGAUUUAAUCCUAAUUUGAAGAAAAAAUAGCCCAAUUAAUCUUGAAUUCUUGAUCCAGAUCAAUACAUUGUGAACUGAAGUGGGGCUCUAGAAUUGGGUUUUCUGAAUUGGUUUUAUAGAGUGAAAUGAACAAUACUUUAGCUUCUUUUUUUUUUUUUUUUCUUUCUAUAAUUCUGUUAAACUGAGAUUAUGAUUACCAAAAAAGAAAAUGGCGUCGAACAUUGAAUUCUACAUAUAUUGCAAAGACAUAAAGUAUCUGAUUCUCUGCCUAUUGGCUACUGCUUAUCCAUUAGGACACCGUCCAUAUAAGUGGAGCCAAGUGAAACCCAGAUGGGAGCCCACCACAUAUGGUGCAGUCGCAUCACGGCUGCAUAUCUCAGGGCCCUUGUUUUCUUGUUGGCCAUCACCUUCCUUGGUAGCUUCCUAACGCAACUAGUACACUUGUAGUAUUUCUUUAAUAACAUUGUUAUUAUUACGAAUGGGACACAUAUAAACCACGCAAAACAUGUGCACUCCAAAGCACGAAUAAAAAUCUCAAGGUGGUCACCUAAUGGUAUUAAUAUAUCAAGUGAGAAUGUAGAUUUUCUUCUUAUUGACGUGGGUGGUUUCCUCCAACUCAGAUUCGAUCCUUUAAGCGGAUGAAUCAGGUUGGUCAGAUCUUGCCACUCCUGACUCAUCUCGGAUUUAGUGAUAGAUCCUUCCCAUGGGUUGGGUUUAGA